GUGGCGACAAGCUCAACCCUGAGCGCAAGGCCGCGCUGCUCGUCAUGUCUCAGGAGCAUUCCGAGGCAGGCAGCUUCUGGCUGUCGCCAGGUCAGACGAGCCACCUUCAAGGGCUACGUGCUGCGCUACAGGGCGAUCCCCUCGCCGUCAGCCGCCAGGCGAAGCAGCAGCGCGACUCCCUCAAGGACAGGGUGCAGAAGGCGAAGAACGCGUGGGAGCGCUCGCAGGAGUUGCUGUCCAAGCAGCUGCGCAAGUCCGCCGAGCUGCAUGCGAAGUUCAAGGAUCUCGAGGCCCAGGAGUUCGAGGCGGCGCGCAAGGCCGCCAAUGCCUACUCGGAGCUGGGGAAAGCAGGCCGUCCUGAACCUGCUGAUCCUGCUGCUCUUCUUGUGGCGCAGUUAUCUGAGCUGGGCGUCGAUCCGUCGGUCGUGGACGCCAUCAAGACC